AUGAACUGCCCUAUUCAAUAGAGAGAAGAUUUAUAUGAGUUGUUGGCUUUAUCAAAAGAUAUUGAUGAAUAUAUAUUCAGUGAUAUAAUGAAAAUGUUUAAAAAAGAGAAAAUAAAAGAUGUAUUAGGAUUUCUCACAAAUGAUGAAAAUCAGAAAAAUUUUGAAGUUUAUCUAUUCCAAGUAGAGAAUAGUGCACUAGUUGAUAAAGAAUAAAAGUAGGAUGUCAUUAAUAUUAUAACUAAUAUUAUGAAAUAAAUUAAAGAUCACGACUUUAAUAAGAAUAAUUAUUCCGAUAAAGCCUAUUUUGAAAUUAGAUAAGAUUUAAUAUAAAAAUUAAAAAGUGAAAAAAAAAUUAUAUCCUUUUUAAAAUUUUUAGUUUUACUUACAGCCAUAGAAGGCAGAUUAGUCUAGUGUGGAUCAAAUUCACUAAAUUUAUUAAUUAUGAUGUAGGUUGAUUUAACUAAUUAAUAAUUUGAAAGCAUUAAGAUUAAAAAUACCUCUUUAGCUGGAGCUAAUUUUAGAGGAUGCAAUUUAAGUAGAUCAGAAUUUGAAAAUGUAAAUAUAAGUGGAAUGAAUUUAAGUUAAGCUAAAUUAUUAUAUUGUAAUUGGAUAAAUUUAAGAAUAUAGGAAUUGCAUCAAUUAAAUGGCCAUUGUGAUGGAGUUUAAUAAGUUUGCUUCUCUCCUGAUGGUAACACAUUAGCUUCUGGAAGCGAUGAUUAAUCUAUCUGUUUAUGGGAUUUGUAGAGAGGAAUAAUAAAAUGUGAAUUAUAUGGUCAUAAUGAAACUGUCACAUCGAUUUGUUUCUCUCCUGAAGGUUAUAUAUUAGCAACUUGUAGUAUAGAUAGAUCAAUCUGCUUAUGGGAUGUUAAAACUACAUAAUAAAUAUCUAGACUGUAUGGCCAUCAUAGUAACAUCCUUUCAAUAUGUUUUUCUCCUAUAGAUUCUACAUUAGCAUCUUGUAGCAAAGACAACUCUAUCCUUAUAUGGGAUAUUAAAACAAGAAAAAAGAAAUUAAAAUUAGAAGGUCAUAGUAGUGGAAUCCUAUCAAUAUGCUUUUCUCCUGAUGGCACUAUAAUAGCCUCUGGUAGCGAGGAUAACUCUAUCCGUAUAUGGAAUGUUAAAUCAGGACAAUAAAAAUAAAAAUUGGAUGGUCAUACUGGUUUUGUUUAUUCAGUAUGCUUCUCUCCUAAUGGCUACCUAUUAGCAUCUGGUAGUAAAGAUAAGUCUAUCCGUUUAUGGGAANAAACUUUGGUCCUCAUUUAAAGAAAUCCAAAAAAUAAAAUGCUUUUAAUUAGUGAUAUAAUAAUGAAAAAAGUAAUAGAAAUUCAAUAUUAAUUAAAAAAAAAACAAAUGAACUGCCCUAUUCAAUAGAGAGAAGAUUUAUAUGAGUUGUUGGCUUUAUCAAAAGAUAUUGAUGAAUAUAUAUUCAGUGAUAUAAUGAAAAUGUUUAAAAAAGAGAAAAUAAAAGAUGUAUUAGGAUUUCUCACAAAUGAUGAAAAUCAGAAAAAUUUUGAAGUUUAUCUAUUCCAAGUAGAGAAUAGUGCACUAGUUGAUAAAGAAUAAAAGUAGGAUGUCAUUAAUAUUAUAACUAAUAUUAUGAAAUAAAUUAAAGAUCACGACUUUAAUAAGAAUAAUUAUUCCGAUAAAGCCUAUUUUGAAAUUAGAUAAGAUUUAAUAUAAAAAUUAAAAAGUGAAAAAAAAAUUAUAUCCUUUUUAAAAUUUUUAGUUUUACUUACAGCCAUAGAAGGCAGAUUAGUCUAGUGUGGAUCAAAUUCACUAAAUUUAUUAAUUAUGAUGUAGGUUGAUUUAACUAAUUAAUAAUUUGAAAGCAUUAAGAUUAAAAAUACCUCUUUAGCUGGAGCUAAUUUUAGAGGAUGCAAUUUAAGUAGAUCAGAAUUUGAAAAUGUAAAUAUAAGUGGAAUGAAUUUAAGUUAAGCUAAAUUAUUAUAUUGUAAUUGGAUAAAUUUAAGAAUAUAGGAAUUGCAUCAAUUAAAUGGCCAUUGUGAUGGAGUUUAAUAAGUUUGCUUCUCUCCUGAUGGUAACACAUUAGCUUCUGGAAGCGAUGAUUAAUCUAUCUGUUUAUGGGAUUUGUAGAGAGGAAUAAUAAAAUGUGAAUUAUAUGGUCAUAAUGAAACUGUCACAUCGAUUUGUUUCUCUCCUGAAGGUUAUAUAUUAGCAACUUGUAGUAUAGAUAGAUCAAUCUGCUUAUGGGAUGUUAAAACUACAUAAUAAAUAUCUAGACUGUAUGGCCAUCAUAGUAACAUCCUUUCAAUAUGUUUUUCUCCUAUAGAUUCUACAUUAGCAUCUUGUAGCAAAGACAACUCUAUCCUUAUAUGGGAUAUUAAAACAAGAAAAAAGAAAUUAAAAUUAGAAGGUCAUAGUAGUGGAAUCCUAUCAAUAUGCUUUUCUCCUGAUGGCACUAUAAUAGCCUCUGGUAGCGAGGAUAACUCUAUCCGUAUAUGGAAUGUUAAAUCAGGACAAUAAAAAUAAAAAUUGGAUGGUCAUACUGGUUUUGUUUAUUCAGUAUGCUUCUCUCCUAAUGGCUACCUAUUAGCAUCUGGUAGUAAAGAUAAGUCUAUCCGUUUAUGGGAAGUAAAGACAGGAUAAUAAAAAUCAAAAUUAGAGGGUCAUUCUAAUUAUGUUUAUUCAGUAUGCUUCUCUCCUAAUGGCUACCUAUUAGCAUCUGGUAGUAAAGAUAAGUCUAUCCGUUUAUGGAAAGUAAAGACAGGAUAAUAAAAAUCAAAAUUAGAGGGUCAUUCUAAUUAUGUUCAUUCAGUAUGCUUCUCUCCUAAUGGCAACACAUUAGCAUCUUGUAGUAAAGAUAAGUCUAUCCGUCUAUGGGAUGUUGAGAUGGAUAGACAAAAAUCCACAUCGAAAGGCCAUAGUUAGGAUGUUUUCUAGGUAAGUUUCUCUCCUGAUGGUAUCACAUUGGCUUCUUGUAGUCAAGAUUAGUCUAUACGUUUAUGGGAUGUUAGGACAGGAUCUUAAAAAUAAAAAUUGCUUGGGCAUUGUUGUAGUGUUUUUUCAGUUAGCUUUUCACCUGAUGGUACUAUAUUAGCUUCUGGAGAUAGAAAUAAAUGUAUCUAUCUAUGGAAUGCUGAGACAGGUGAACAAAUAUGUAUAUUGAAAGGCCAUAGUAGUCGUGUUUAUUCAGUAUGCUUCUCGCCUGAUAGUACUUUAAUAGCAUCUUGUAGUGCAGAUAAUUCUAUCUAUUUGUGGGAUGUAGAGACAAGAAAAUAGAAAUCAAAAUUAGAUGGUCAUAAUGAUCAUGUAAUAUCAAUUUGUUUCUCUCCUGAUGGUACCGCAUUAGCAUCAGGUAGUAGUGAUAACUCUAUCCGUUUAUGGGAUGUAAAGACAGGUUUAUAAAAAUAACUAUUGGCUGGACAUGAUACAAUAGUCUUAUCAGUAUGCUUCUCUCCUGAUGGUAACUCUUUAGCCUCUGGCAGUAGUGAUAAAUCUAUCUGUUUAUGGAAUGUUAAGACAGGUGAAUAACGAUAUAGAUUGAAAGGUCAUAGUAGCGAUGUUCUAUCAGUUUGCUUUUCCCCUGAUGGUACUUCAAUAGCAUCUGGCAGCGCAGAUAAUUCUAUCUAUUUGUGGGAUGUAGAGACAAGAAAAUAGAUAACAAAAUUAGUUGGUCACUGUAGUGAAAUUCAAUCAGUAUGUUUCUCUCCUGACAGUAAUACAUUAGCAUCUUGUAGUCGUGAUAACACUAUCCGCCUAUGGGAUGUAAGAACAGGAGAACAAAAGUUAAAAGGGCAUACUAAUUAUGUUUAUUCAGUAUGCUUCUCUCCUGAUGGUACUUCAAUAGCAUCAGGUGGUGCGGAUAAGUCUAUCCGUUUAUGGGAUGCUAAAACAAGAAGAUAGAAAUCAAAGCUCGAGGGUCAUAAUGAUUAUGUAAUAUCAAUAUGCUUCUCUCCAGAUGGUAGUUUAUUGGCAUCUGCUAGUAUAGAUAAGACUAUUCGUAUAUGGGAUAUUAAGAUUGGUAAAUAAAAAUUGAUGUUGGAAGGUCAUACCAAUUUUGUUUGCUCAGUAUGUUUCUCUCCUAACAGUAUUUUCAUAGCCUCUGGCAGUGCAGAUUGCUCUGUCCGUUUUUGGGAUGUUGAAUCAGGACUAUAAAAAUUGAAAUUGGAUGGUCAUAGUGAUUAUGUACAAUCAGUAUGCUUUUCACCUGAUGGUAUUUUAUUAGCUUCUGGCAGCAAUGACAAAACAAUUCGUAUUUGGGAUGUUAAGACAGGAACAUAAAAAUUUUAAUUAGAAAGUCAUACUAAUUAUAUCUAUUAGGUAUGCUUCAAUUUUGACGGUUCUAUAUUAGCCUCUGGCAGUGCAGAUUGCUCUGUUUGUUUGUGGGAUGUUAAAUCAGGACUAUAAAAAUUUUAAUUUUAUGGUCAUAGUAAUUAUGUACGAUCAGUAAGCUUUUCUCCUGAUAGUAUUUUAUUGGCAUCUGGUAGUGAUGAUAAAUCUAUUUAUUUAUGGGAUGUUCAAACAGGGCGAUUCAAAUGGAAAUUGGAUAGCCAUAGCGAUUACGUACAAUCAGUUUGCUUCUCUCCAGAUGGUACUCUAUUAGCAUCUGCUAGUGCCGAUUACUCAAUUCGUUUGUGGAAUAUUUAGAUGAUACAAUAAAGCAUUCACUCUGUAUGUUAAUCACCCUUAUAAACCAGUUACUAAUCUUAAUGUAGUAUAUUUUUAAUAAUAUUUAGCUAUUGUUUCUUUUCUUGUUAUAUCCAAAUAUCUAAACUUUGAAGCAGAAGGAGCCUUAACUUUUUAAGGAAAAUUUAUAAAUCAUUUAGGCAUUAAUAUGAAACAAUUAUUUUAAGAAAGAGGCUUGAUAUCAAGUAAAAUGGAUAUUUGA